CGCUCCUUCAUUUAGCCACGUCUCUGAUGAUUUUGAGGCCUUAACUGGGAACCGGCAAUUGUGGGUGACCAUUUUAUUAGCAUUAAAUUAAAAUAAAUACAUAUGGUAGUGUGAUGCAAUAUUCAAAUUACAUCAAUGCCCUCGUAAUCAUCUCCUUCCUCCUUCCUCCCUGAUAGAAUCCCUGCAAUUUUGUUUUGUUUUCUUUUCCAAACAGAAUCCCCCAUAUUUUAGGUUUGAACUUAUUUUUUCCUCUCCUUUCCGUAAACUAGCACUCCUACUCUCCUCUUCUUCUCUACUAAGACCAGAACCAGAACCAGAACCAGGCUUUCUCUAUCCUCUGUUUGUACCAGACUCUCUCCUCUUGCGCUAGAUCUGGCUGCAAAAUCACGCUAGCAUUACUCUUCAGUUUCUCACUCAAAGUCGGUGCAAAGGGGAAUAGCUUUUGGGAGUAGAAGACGCAUGGCAGUUAGGGCAUCGUUAAAUUCUGAUUCAGAUGAGCCUGCUGCUCCAAUUGCUCCGCUUCAACUAGAGUCACCAGUUGGGCAGUUUUUGUCUCAAAUCUUAGUCAGCCACCCCCAUCUUGUGCCUGCAGCAGUUGAGCAGCAGCUUGAACAGCUUCAAACUGACCGUGAUUCUGAGCAGAAGAAGGAAGAGCCUUCUGCAUCUGGCACAGACUUAGUUUUAUACAGGAGAAUUGCUGAGGUGAAAGCUAAUGAACGGAAAAAGGCUUUAGAAGAGAUUUUGUAUGCUUUAGUUGUACAAAAGUUUAUGGAUGCCAAUGUUCCUUUGAUACCAGCCAUAGCACCCUCUUCUUCAGACCCUUCUGGUCGUGUGGACUUGUGGCCAAGCCUAGAUGAGAAGCUUGAGCAGCUUCACUCACCUGAAGCCUAUGAGAUGAUCCAGAACCACCUAGCUCUGAUUCUUGGAAACCGUUUGGGUGAUGGCACCUCUGUAGCGCAGAUAAGCAAACUCAGAGUUGGACAGGUAUAUGCUGCUUCAGUGAUGUAUGGGUACUUCCUCAAGCGAGUUGACCAAAGAUUUCAGCUUGAGAAGACUAUGAAAGUUCUUCCAAAUGUAUCAGAUGAAGAAAGUAAUGUUGAGCAAGCUGUGGGUGAGGGCACAGGACCCACUGUUGCAAGAGACUCCUACGAAUCUGUUUCCUCACACCCUGAAGUCUCAUCCUGGUCUGGUGGCAUGAGUAAUGGGGGCAUUGGUCAUGGGUUAAAGCCCUCUAGAUUACGGACUUAUGUGAUGUCCUUUGAUGGGGAGACACUGCAGAGAUAUGCAACAAUCAGAUCAAAAGAGGCUGUUAGCAUUAUUGAAAAGCACACUGAGGCAUUGUUUGGAAGGCCAGAGGUUGUCAUGACACCUAGGGGAACUGUAGAUUCUUCCAAUGAUGAGCUUAUCAAGAUUAGCUUUGGCGGUCUGAAGAGACUUGUUUUGGAAGCUGUGACAUUCGGUUCUUUUCUUUGGGAUGUUGAAAGCUAUGUGGAUUCAAGGUAUCAUUUUGUUAUGAACUGAGCUAUUGCUAUUUUAAUUUUUGUUCCUGCCACAGCAAACUUUCUAGCGUGGCCAAACUGACCAAACUUCUAUGGCAAAAUUGAGUGUAAAUUUGGUAAUAUGUACUGAAGAAUUUGUUCUUUGUUCUGUAUAUGGUUUACAGUUUUUCUGCCGGAAUUUGCUUUUCAUACAUGAUGGACGAGAAAUAUAAAUAAGUAGACAUCCACAGGUUUUAAGUCACAUGACUUCUGUUAACAAACAAUGUCAAUAAUCAUUGUCCAUUAUUUUAAACCGCAAGAGAUGACCGGAGGAACAUAGUAUCAGGAACAUGCAUCAUAUUGCUUACAACGUCAUUGAAGUGAGGCUGUUAACGACCUCAUAUAUAA